AUGUCCAGUGCUCCUCUUCCCAAGGCGACAUUGUACUACUUUGGUGGCUCCGUCUGGGCCUCCGUGCCCUUGUUGUGCGCCGAGGAGAAGGGCUUUGGCCCGGACGUGUUGGAGAAGAGGAGUGUCGACCUAUGUGAGCCAGUGUACGAAAUAUGGUAGCUGGAAAUACAACUGACCCUUGGAUUGGUGACAGUGAAUGGCGACAACUUUUCUCCGGCGUAUCUGACCAGUAAGCUCACGCGCUCACACUGGAGGGAGCCUUCCCUAGGCGGAGUCCGUUCACACCAAACUGAUUCCCAAACACUUCUCACCAUCGUCCCAGUCAAUCCCCGCGGUAGUGUGCCUACCUUGGUCGCCCCUUACGAACACACGACGACCCCCGAUCUCCCGACCAAGUACAAAGCCCUGACGGACUCGAUCGAGAUCUGCCAAUUCCUCGACUCGUCCACGUCCCGCUCGACGACCUUCCAAAGCCCCUCCUUGACCCCAGCGACCGUGCAAGGCAGUUCCGAAUCCAAGUUCUGGGUCGAGCACGUCCACGGUCCCGAGGCGGCCGAUCCGAAUGCGUUCUUGAUGAGUUUCCGAAGCGACGACGAACGCAAGGCCAAGAAUUCGAACCUGCCCGGCGAUUUCUUGAGGGGGCGACAAAAGGCGUUGGAAAAGUACGCCAAGGAAGCCGGGGGCGAUGAUGCGAGAUUGGCUGCGUUCUAUAAGAACAAGAUCAAGGUCCGUUACAGUACCGCAAGACCCGGGGUAGGCUGAAUCCGAGUUCGGCUGAUCCUUCGCUACCCCACUUGCUGCCUACCCGCAGGAGAAUGGUGGUCUCUUGGCCAUGUACGAAGGCAAAAUCGACGCUUCCCCCUUCAUCGAAGCCUCAAAGGGGAUGUACGUUGCCUUGAACAAGACGAUCGCUCUGCUCGAAAAGAGCCUAAGGGCCGCCUACCUCGUAGGGGAUCAAGUCUCACUUGCCGAGUGAGUUGCUGCCUCCCUUCCUCCCUCCAGGAAGGCUCUUGAACCAAUCCCGAUCACCCUAACCUUCUCUAUGACAUCCCCUCCCAGCCUCCACCUCGGAGCCUACCUCGCGCGUAUCCUCGCCGCCCUCGGAGCGAAAUCCAUCACCGACGUCGACGGAGCACUUGAGAAACUUGAUGCUGCUCUGACCGAAGCUUCCGGUCCCAAGUUCAAGGCUUACGUCAAGGUCUUGUUCGAGAGGGAGAGCUUCCAGAAAGUGUACGCGGAGGGGUUGCAUUGA